GGAUGCGGCCUAGUGUGUUCGCACCGCUAAGCGCGCCACAAAAAAAGUGGAAUUGUUCUAAGUUCAAACAUCGAUAAUACUUAUCGAUAUCUAGACUGACCCUCAACACCCAUGACAAUAAUUAAUAUAUAUGACUAAAUAUGCAAUAAAAAAAGGCCCAAGUCGACUGAUAUGUAGUAAAGCAGUUCAAACGGCACACGCAUAUAAUAGCGUAUAUAGCCUGUGGAACGUCCUUAUCUUAUCGUGCGAGGUGGACACAACACGACCACUAAUCAGAAAACAGAGUAGUUCUAACUCACAAUAUUGAUAAACAAAGUAGAGAACAGCCGAGAGAUACACGAGCACUUAUUGGCCGCAAACACAAGACAAAACUACGGAUAUGUCCGAAUCGGGAAUCAAGAAGUUGAGCCAAGAACGGACUCGGGAAUGGUUGGCCAGGCAGGAGGAUGAGGAACUGGAGUCCAUCGCCGAGUCCUCCGUUGUGGACAGCUUGGACUACGAUUAUACCGAGGAGGAGGAAGAUACCGAUCAAAAUACCAGCGAAGAAAUCAGCACAAUGACACUAGGCACUCAAAUCGCUGCCAAAAAGCACUCGAUCAUCACCGAUACUAUAAGGGACCUUAUGAACUCAAUCAACAGCAUUCAGACCUUGGGCAACGUUAAUAUAAGCAACUCCACAAACGUUCAUAUCGGCAAUGUUACCAAUAUCAAUGGAAACAUACAAAUCAUAGCCGAGAGCCUUACCCAAAACCGAAGAGAUCGGCGGCAUGUUUCGCCAUCGAGAGAUAGCGCUUCAAAAACUCCAACACAUUUCGAAGACGACUAUCAGGACGAGUCGGAGGAAAGGGUCCGCUCAGAUGUGUUUAUCAGGCGCCAAAAAUUCAAAAUACCCAAGGAGCUGUGCGCCAUUAUUCCGCGCUCUUCCUGGCUAGCACAGAAGCCCAUGGAAGAUCCGCAGCCUUUGCAACUACCUGUUAAAUAUGUGGUUAUCUUACACACAGCUACCGAGAGCUCAGAGAAGCGUGCGAUCAACGUUAGACUUAUUCGGGAUAUGCAGUGCUUCCACAUUGAGUCGCGGGGAUGGAAUGACAUUGCGUACAACUUCCUGAUCGGCUGCGAUGGCAACAUUUUCGAAGGACGCGGCUGGCAAACGGUGGGCGCCCACACUUUGGGAUACAACAGGAUCUCACUGGGGAUCAGCUUCAUUGGAUGCUUCAUGAAAGAACUUCCGACUCCAGACGCCUUGAACAUGUGCCGCAAUUUGUUGGCCCGCGGCGUGGAGGAUGGCCACAUAUCCACCGACUAUAGAUUAAUUUGUCACUGCCAGUGCAACUCAACGGAAAGUCCUGGUCGGCGAUUGUACGAGGAGAUACAGACAUGGCCCCACUUUUACAAUAUCGAGGAGGAGGGACAAUGAAGGCCAAAAGAAAAGCACCAUUUCCCAUACAUACAUGACUUAAAUGCACCCGAAUUACGUUUAAAUUGUUGAAAAUUAAAUCAUUUGUUUAUAAAU